AUGCCAUACAUUAAACUACAAAGCUCAGAUGGUGAAAUUUUUGAAGUUGAUGUAGAAGCAGCAAAAACCUCUGUCAUUUUAGGUCCUAUGGUUGAAGGUGAGUUCAAAGGAGAAGCCCUUUUUGUGAUUACACAUAACAUCGUGAAAUGAUGAAUAUAUGAAUUUCAUAUACUUGAACUGCAGGGUGAAGAAAUAAAUGCAGAGAUGAUCAUCACAUCUCUGCAUUUAGAUAACAUUGUAUUCAGCAAUAGUUAUUACACAGUUUCAUAUCUACAGAAAUAUUGGAGAAAAUGUUGUCUGUGUUAUUAUAAAUAGGUAUAAGGCAUCAGGACAUUUUUUUAGUUUUUUUGAAAAUAGAAAUGGCUUUCGUUACUUUAAGGGGGCCUUCCCUCUAUACAACAACUCAAGUAAGUGCAUGAGCAAAUGACGUCCCAGUUUGACGUGUGUAAAAAUUGCUGGCUAUGUACAGUGAAUUAUGAUGGACAGUUGCGAGUUUAUUUUAGAGUUGGUUUCAUUUUCCUUUUAGAAAUUGUAAAAACUUGACUGAACAACAGUCAAGAUCAUCUCAAGGUGCUCCUUUUUUGACAGUGUCAAUCUUAGAGAGUCCAUCGAAAAAUGUUGUACAAGACUAUGCUUAAGGGAAAAAAUGAUGCCACACAAAGCUAAUAUUUUGAGAUUAAAAUGAAGGCAGUUUACUCAACCUUUAGGUCUUCAUUCUAAUGGUUUAACCCAUAAUACCAUGCUUUAAUUUAUAGAUCUUGGCAUGGGUAAAGAUGAUGAUGAACCAGUCCGACUUCCCAAUGUCAAUGCAGCCAUUCUUGCCAAGGUAAAUACAGUAGUGUAUCAUAGAUUCAGCCUUUGUCUGUUUUCUUUUCUCUUUACAGGCCAUCUGAUAAAUUACGCAAUGGUGCGAUUUUGCACAAUUGACCUCAAAUCGCAUCCGAUCGCAGAAUUUGAGGAAAAUGGCAUAAUUCAUGAAAAAAAAUGCUAAAUUCAAGUAAAGUUAACAAUGAAUUCUAAAUUUAAUUAUUAUAAACAUUUUCCCGAUCUUAAUAUUAUUUAAGCUGAUUUACUACAAAAGAAGGCCUUGCAAGACAUCUGAAACCUUCGAUUGUGGUAUCUGGGCAGCCAUUUUGAUUUCAGAGACAAGCAGUGUGGUCAGCGGUGUAACGGCAUCCUGUAAUAUUAAACAAGUGUCCUUUUUCUUUUCCAGGUCAAAAUAAUUGGACAAAUUUAACUAUUUUGUAUUAAAAUAGAUGUUUCAUUAUUCCUUUACAUUCAAAUUGCCUGUUAAACAACAUUAGAGUGGUUUUUUUUCCUUUGAAACCUGGUAAAACAAUGUAAAUUAGCCCUGAAAAAAUCGCAUAAUAGUCCUAUCUUAUCGCACAAUCUACCCUGAAAAUAUAGCACAAUUUCUGAUUUUUUAUCGCACCCUAUCAGAUGGCCUGUUUUUAAUUUUUUGUUUAAUACACACAUCAAUAUUGUUACUUAAGCACCUUUUCUCUCUUUGUAUAAUUAUUUUUCACUAUGCUUAUUGUCUAUGCCAGCUAGCUUAACGUGACAGUGACCAACCCGAAGCAUUAGGUACUUUGGUCACUGCGCACAUCUUAAUCCUUUAAUUUCUUGUUAUCUUUAUUUCUGACAUUGUUCUGUAAGGUACUUAUACAAAUUAAAAUUUCAAUGUAAACAAUAUGUAAAUGGUGCGAAAACAAUAAAAUCUGUAAAUCUGUAAUCUUUUUAUAUGAAGCCUGUGUCAUUUGCUUGAAUGGUUACACAGGAUUUCAUCCACAGACUCAAAUUCAGAACUAUGCUAAAUAAAUGAUACCGUUUGAAAGUACUGCUUAAGAGGUUUCAUUUGAAUGGCCAUACCAUAUAACUUCAUCCACAGACUCAAAGGUAGAACUUUAUACCAGGGCUCAAAGUAAUUUCCGAAGAGUACGUCUCCGGAGAUGAUAACCAGCCAAAUCUAUUUUAGCUCGGUCACCUAUCGUUUCUGGACGGUCGAAUUUAUAAGAUAAAUAAGUCUUAAAACAGGGGCCCAUGAACCAAAACUGGCAUUAUAUAUUUUCAAAAAAGUCGUUGCGUGGAGCUUAUGGCACUUCAAAGCACUCAUUGUCAACACUAAAAAUAAAUUACAGCAGCAAAAUGAAAAUAAGCUUAAGUGUAUUUUGUAGGUACUCUGUCUAUCAGACUAACCCGUAACAUGUUAAAUGUAAAUCAUACCCAUUAGAUUUGUCUAGCGCCUCCAAAUAUAACAGCUGGUGUUUGUAUCAUGGUGUGAGAUACUCCGCCAGUAAUCCAUGUUUCUCCCCAUUACAAGGGUUCUCAUGACAUGAUGUGUGGGCACAUGUGGCUUUAAUUUAACUUGCCCAUCUUUAUAGAAGUUGUUUUUUUCUGUAACACGUGCAUUCCAUGACAAUCACAACCAGUUUUUGUUUGAAUGUUUUUCAUUUCGUGGUAUCUCUAUAGGCCAAUAAAACAUGUAGCAUGCAAACGUUAAAAUGUUCGUACAUUUCAUGGAUGUUUAUCAUUGUAUAACCUUGUAUACUUUAUAUUACGCAUACUACAGAAAAACACAUAGAUAAACUCGUGAAGAGUGGAAUAAUUAUUGGUUUUAUAAAGUAUAGUUCCUUUAAUGCAUUAUACUUUGAUUAUAUUUUAUUCUGGGCUGAGGAAUUACUUUAUAUGCAGGGAGAAAUGCAAAACUUGAAAAUUAACUAAUAAAAGUGAAAAUAUUUUAAUUCUAUGACUGGAAGCGUAUGAAUCCCGAUGUUGCUUCAAUGCACGAAUUGUAAACAAUGGUUCUAGUUGCAUUCCACCCAGGAUUUCAGAUCAAAGUUCUGCAGUACACACUGAUAACAACUGAACAGCAUGGAAAUUUUAAUUUACGUCACUUUCAAUAUCCAUUCGUUGAAUGUGACCGGUCAACAUGAUCGGCAAGAUGAAUGGUUGACCCAUCAACUCCCCAAUCAGUCUGGGCAUUGUCUGUUAUUGACUGGUCAUUACUUCAAGUCCUGAAUUUUACCAAAUAAAUAGCACCACGGUAAAGUACUUAGGCUGUGAUUUUGCCUAAAGUUUUAGGCAAAUUGGUUCCAUAAGAGUGUUACCAUCAAAGGAAAACAGCCUUAAUUCUUCUGGUUGACUUAUGUGGCUCAAAAAUGCUUUUGCUUAUUAGCUCCCUAAUUUUCAUCUUGCCCUGUACUGUUCAAGUAAGGAUUAGUCACAGUGGUAGCCCUUGUUAUUUUAUAGGUGAUCAAGUGGGCUGAGAAACACAAGGAUGACCCACCACCACCAGAUGAUGAUGAAAACAAAGAGAAAAGAACAGAUGACAUCGAUCCUUGGGAUCAAGAAUUCCUCAAAGUCGACCAGGGAACACUUUUUGAGUUAAUUCUUGUGAGUAUUAAUAGACCUAGGCCCUGUCAGUGCUAGUCUGAGCUUAACUUUUUGGGAACCUACAGUUUUGAUAUGGUCACCAGAAUUAAAAUAUUGAAAGCCUAAAAAAGUGUCAUGCAACAUCUCAAAGCUUAAUGCCUGGACAGAUAGUGUGAAAGAGGUGAAUUAUAAAAAGUGGAGCAUGUAUGACAUCUCAUUCAAAUGAGGUAAGUACAAAAGUCGUACCAGAUCAACCCGGACCGCCGGUCUGGGUUGGAUCAACUCAGAUGGACUCGGACCAACUCGGAUCAAAUAAAAAAAGUAAAAAUAAAAUAAAAUUGGACUCGGAUCAACUUGGAUCAUAAAAAAAACAACUCAGAUCUUAAAAAGAAAAAUAAAAUCAGUCAGCUUCACUUACCUUUCACCAGCCAUUUUGUCUUUUCCAUAAACUCGUGGUUGUAUUAAACGUCACGUAAUAAAUCAAUAUGACGAUAAUAUCCGUCAAACUAUGGGCAUAGAUGAAGCUCAUUAAUUUUGAAUUAUUCUAAGAAAAUAUUGUUUUAGUCACUUAAAAUGUAUAUAUCAGUGGUGGAUCCAGACCAAGGACCCACUGCCGGUCCCCCACCUAAAAUCGCGAUUUUAGGUGGGGGACCGGCGGUGGGUCCUUGGUCUCAAAUAAAUUUUCUUGGCCACUCGAGUCUCAGCUUAGUCUAAAAAAGGGGGAACUGUUAGGAAACUAGCUAAAACUAUAAUGCACUCUCAGGACCCACCAGAAUGGAUUAAGUUGACUUCCCACAAUGCCCCAUCCCUCUUUUAAGACCCGUGGUUUCCAUUACUCCCCCUUCCCAUCCCCGGUAAGAGGAAGAUGCCCCACCACCCACGUGGAUGCCGAAAUACAUGGUCUCUUGUCCAGGCCCACCCCUGUGGCCCAACCUUUCCUUCACACCUCUCCUCUGCUGCUCAGACAUAGUACUAUCCUCGGAGACCCAGGCACAAGGUCACUUCCUUGCCCCCACCCCCCAAAAACUGGGUCCCAAGGCAGUAAUUAAAAGUAGUUUUGACCAGUUACCUAACUCUGAGUUGAACUUGAAUUUAUUUAUCAUCAAAUUAAAAAACCAUGCUCAAGUCACUUUGAGAACUAACUUUAUAACUUUAAAACGAAUCAAAUUAAACAAAUUAACAGUGAGAAUUAUCCUGUUUAUUGGUAAACAAACUUAAAUGCAGCUGUAAGAUAAUAUUUACAAUACAUUUUCUCUUGACAAUAGCUAAAAAAAAUUACAACUUUCCAUAAAAUCAAGAAAUUAUUAUGAUCAAAAACUGUUAAUUUUUAACAAAUCAAUAUCAGUAGUAAUACAUUCUGACUAAUAAAUAGUAAAUAACUAAUGCUGUGUUCACAUCUGCAUGAAACAUGUUUAGAGUAAACAAGUUUACUUGAAACACGUUUCUGAUAAACAUAUUUGUUCACAUCAUUAAUUUGUUCGUUUCAAACACGUUUCAUCCUUUUUUGCAUGAUGUAUGCAUUUUCACGGCACCAGUGUGCUUGAAACUAUUUGCCCGAAGUUUUUGGGAAAAAUUGUCCCAAAGAUUUUGCUUUCGGUCCAUGGCAGAUAUCUGAUGAUGAAUUUCUUCAUCAGUGCUAUAUUUGUACCAAAAAUUUUGUUUCCUUGUGGUACCAGUUUAGGUUAUUUCGACUUCCCUCCUCACCACUUUAGUCUGAUCAUGAUCGAAACUACCUCGUGAGGCAGUUUCAAUCAUGAUCAGACUAAACAAGUUUUGAUCAUGUUCCACGCAAUGCACUACCUACGUAGUGUGAACAAGUUUCACAGUGAAACAUGUUUCAUUCGUGUUCAGACUAAACAUGUUUCGUGCACAUGUGAACACUGCAUAAUUCAUUAAAUCAUGAUUAUAUUUAACUUGACUUUGAAUAAAUUUGCAAUCUCAAGAUCUAUAAAAGGUACAAAACAUUAUCAGAGCCAUUUCUACUGAACUUUAUAUUCAGCCCUCAUGCUAUCUGAGUAAAUUUCAAUGUGAAUUUUAUCAUUCCCUCAUUAGCCCCUUAUAUGGAUCUGACAAGUAAAUAACAGUAGAAAUCUAUUAUAAUAAAUAGUUAAUAACUAAUUCAUUAAAUCAUGAUACGUAUAACUUGACUUCUGAUAAAUUUGCAACUUUAGCAUCCAUAAAGAAGGUAUAAAACAUGAACAGAACCACUUCUUCUGACAUCUUGACAGUGUUGUUGUGUAGGGAACGGAAUACUCUAAGAGAAAAUUGUACAUUAAAAUCCUCAUGGAUGCUAUUCAGUCCUUGGCAGGGCUGUCAACUCCCCACGUCAUCAAAUAUUGAGAAUUGAUAGGGAACAAAAAAUGAUAGAUGACGUCACAUCACACGGCAAAUGACGUCAUUUGUGCCAAAAAUGCUUGUUGAUUCCGAUCGAUGUAUAUAGCACAUAAACAGUUCAUAUUUAGCCACAUUAUUGCUUAAAUUACAGUGGCAUACCAGAAUUUAUGGGGAAAUGUUCCCAAAGUAGCUCAAACAACGCAAAAUAUAUAAAAUUUUAUGGUCGGAAAGUUGAGUCCACAAGAAAUAGCAAUUUUGGCGAUUAUCCGGGAGAUUUUCGACUCUAAGAUUACCUUGAGAACCUCUCAAGGAUCUUGAACUAUUCAUCCAAAGAUCUAAGAGUUGCACACUUGAACAUUUGUAGCCUUCGAUAUAAGAUAGACGAAUUAAGACUCCUGCAGAGGAUAUGUGGAUUUGACAUUUUGGGAAUUUCUGAGACCCAUCUGGACUCUUCUGUUCCUGAUAACUUCUUGCAAAUAGACGGUCUCCAACUUAUCCGACGUGACAGAACUAAAUGCAAAGGAGGAGGUGUUGCCCUGUACUAUGCUGAACAUCUAAUGGCUGUACACCGUAAAGAUUUAUUAGUCAGAGAUAUUGAGGCCGUAUGGAUACAGGUGAAAUUCCCAGCCCACACUACUUUAUUCUCAGUUGUUUACCGAUCUGAACUCGAAACUCCGAACUUCUUUGAAAACUUUCACGGCGUUCUUGAGAAAGCCUGGUUGAAAACAGACAGUAUUUUCGUCCUUGGUGACUUAAACUGCUGCAUGUUGGAAGCCCAAAACAUUCCUGGCUCCACCUUAAUUACAUCUAAGACAAAGAAUUUGCUGGGGCUUUUUGAAGAUUUUAAUAUGCAAAAUGUUAUUGCUGAACCAACCCGCAUAACUUAUACCACAAAGUCACUGAUUGAUCUUAUUGUUACCACCAAGGUGGAUGUUGUGCGAUGCACAGGAGUAAUGCCACUAGGUAUAUCCGACCAUUGCCUAGUGUAUGCAACGCUUAAAUUGGGCAGCAAAAGACCACCGCCGAAGAUUAUUCGCACCUGAAACUUUAAAAAUUUUAAUGCAGCGAAUUUCAAGGCUGAUAUUGAAAAGAUUCCUUUUCAUAUCUUUGAAAUUUUUCAUCACAAAGACGAUGCGCUCUGGGGAUGGGAACAAUUGUUUAAAGAUAAAUGCAAUGCUCACGCCCCGUUUAAGGAUGUGAAAGUGAGAAGUAUGUCUGCUCCGUGGAGUAACAACACAAUUAGGCACAAAAUGAAUCGCAGAUUUAAAUUAUUCAAAGAGGCAAACCGGACAAAGAAUCCUAGCAAAUGGGCUACAUAUAAGAAACUUAGAAAUGAAAUCACAGCUGAUAUACGCAGAGCCAAGGCUAAGCAUUUUAAAGAUCUAUUAGCUGAUGUCAAAACCGCUGCAGAGUAUUGGAACCUGCUUUCAAAGGCGAAUAACCCUAAAUUAAGGAAAGCGAUAGGCCCAUUGAAAAGAGAGGAUGGAUCGCUCGCAGUUGAUGACAAAGAAAAAUCAAACCUAGUCAAUAAUUUCUUCUCUAACAUCGGAGAGAAACUGGCAGUUUUCAGCUCCAAUAUCUAUCUCACCUGGCCACGUCAACUAAGAUUGUUCCCUGUGUCAAUAACAUUGCACUAUCGCCUUUGGCCAUUGAGAGAAAAUUAGCUAAUCUCAAAACAAAUAAAGUGAGUGGACCCGACGACAUAUCACCGAAAAUAGUCAAGGAAGCUGGAGAUGCAUUGCUAUCCCCGUUGAUGUUCCUUUACAAUAUGAGUUUGAAAGAUGGUUACGUCUUUAGCCAGUGGAAGACUGCGAGAGUCAAUCCUGUUUUUAAAAAGGAUGACGAGACUGAAAUCGGAAACUAUCGCCCCAUAUCUCUUCUCAGUGUUCCGAGCAAAAUACUUGAAACCAUUGUUGCUGAUUCGAUCAUUCACCAUGCGUUUAUUGAAAAUAGAUUAAUUACAGACAAACAAUUGGCUUACAGGAGAGGAUAUUCUACAGAGCUGUUGCUAGUACAUAUGACAGAAAUUUGGAGGAGUGCCAUUGAUUCAAAGAAAGUUGUUGGUAUAGUGCUGAUAGAUUUCCAGAAAGCGUUCGACUGUGUCUCCCAUAAUGUGCUAUUACGUAAAUUAGAAAAUGAUUUUGGAAUUAAUGGGUGCUACUCGACUGGCUGCGCAGUUACCUUGACAAUAGGAAACAAUAUACUGUCCUAAAUGGUAUAGCAUCAGAUCUUAACACUGUUAAAUCUGGAAUACCGCAGGGUUCCGUUCUAGGACCGACCUUAUUUUCUCUUUACACAAGUGAUUUACCUGAAGCUAUAACCACUGUGACAACCUACAUGUAUGCUGAUGAUACUACCCCAUAUUGCAUUGGCGUUUCUAUCGACGCAGUAAUUUCUGAACUUAACAAAGCUGUGGAAGAGCUUCUAUACUGGUGCAAAACAAACCCCCUUGUGCCUCAUCCAAAGAAAUGCGAAGCAAUGAUCCUCCAUCGUGGAAGAUUCACUGGCCCAUUGAAAGAGUUAACAUUGGCCCAGCACACCAUCAAAUGGGUUACACACUCUCGUCUAUUAGGCGUAUUGAUUGAUGAUCAACUAAACUGGUCUAAACAUGUUAGUGUUGUUAAAAAAGGCUUUGUUGAUAAGUUAAACUUGUUAAAACGUAGCAAAUUUCUUCCAAAGAAUAUGUUAUUAGACUUGUAUUUUAGAGUUAUUAUGCCGUCGAUCGUAUAUGGUAUAUCAGUAUGGGGAGGUCUCAUAAAUAAGGAAGGUUUUAAGGCAUUAGAAGCACUGCAUUGUAGAGCUGCGAGAAUUAUCUUUAAGCUACCUUGGGAGAUGUCUAAUGCAGAUGUUAUGAAAAAGGCUAAUUGGUCUUCUUUAGCCUUUAUGUAUAAAAUUAGCUUAGCUAAGCUUAUAUGUAAAAUCCACAAUAACCUGACUCCAAACGCUAUGUCAGCUAUUAUUAAGAACAAUGAUAACAUCAAGCGAUAUCAACUUAGGAAGAAACUGAAAAUUGAUGUCCCUCGUUUUAACACCAACUACAUGAGGAACUCUGUAGCUCGUAGAGGAGCAAUAGUUUGGAACACGUUGGUUCCUCAACUUAAUGACGAUAUUGACAAUGUUAAGAAAUAUGCGAUUAUGGCAAGACGGUCAAAGACUCUGCUACACCUAGAUUUCGACUGUAUCUCCCCUCAAACAUUAACCAGAAGGGAGGAAGAUUUUAAGUAUAAUUAGUGUUAAUAAUUAGUCGAUACUAGAGUACCACCUUGUACUUUAGAAUUUUAAGCUUUUAUCGUUUCAGACUUGUAAGUAGUUAGUAGCUAUAUGAUUUUAGCUGUUGUAUAUCCUAUUUAUUUUCUAAUUCAUUAGUUGUCUUAUUUAAUUAUUUAGACACGACCCCACAAGCGAAGCGUCGCUUUAAAUACUUAUCGUGUAUAAAUAAAGAUUAUUGAUUGAUUGAUUGAUUCUAAUUUGGAGACCGGGAGAUAUACGGUCUAAAAUCUGGAGUCUCCCAGAUUAUCCGGGAGAGGUGGCGGCACUGGUCCUUGGGCUCACUGAGUAAAUUUCAACGUGAAUUCUACCAUUCCCUCAUUAGCCUCUGAUACAAAUCUGACAACUAAGUAAUUAUUACAGUGCAUUAAUUUUCAUACAGAAAAGAAUGUUUAGAACAAGAAACUCCACGUGAUAACCAAAACUUGACCAAUUUUUAGCAACCAAAAUUUGAUUAAUACUUUGCCAGACUAAUUAAGUUUACAGUGAAACCGGAAUGAAGCAAAUUCAUUGAGAAAGAUGGUCGAGAUGUUACCUUCCUGGAGGUCAUCCAUCGGCAGUGUCCUUGAAACAGAACGCGUCGUGUAAUGCAACCACGAGUUCGUAACAUCAUCCGAGAGGAACUGGCACUAAUCAAACAAAAUGGCAGCUGAAAGCCACGGAGAAAAAAAGGAUGAUCUGGCCAUUUUUACCCUCCAAAAAUGGGUUAAACUUUCAGUUUUGCUGAUUUAAUUUAAUUUCUUUAUUGAUCCGAGUUGAUCCAAGUCCAAUUUUAUUUUGUUUUUAUUUUUUUAUUCGAUCUGAGUUGGUCCGAGUUGAUCCGGUCCGAUUUUUGUACCUGCCUCAUUCAAAUGUUUUACGAUCCUGCUGUAAUAGAAAAAAAAAAUUAUCAACUGAGCUACCCUUUAAGGUACAGUGUAUGCAUUAAAAUAAUAUGGUUUGGGUUAAUGAACUGUCCUUUUAUUGCAGGCUGCAAACUACCUCGAUAUCAAAGGACUUCAAGAUGUGGCAUGUAAAACAGUUGCCAACAUGAUCAAAGGUAUUCCUCUAUUCCGUGGGAUGCCUGUGGCAUUCCCACGGUAAAAAUCCGGUUCGGUUGUAUCCAAAAUUGCAAAGCCAGCCAAAAGGAUUGCCUAAAAUCUUUAUCGAUUAUCUCUUCUUCCAAGCCGACCAAUUAGGCUGUACAAAAUCUGUAUCGAUUUUUAAUCGAUUUGCUUCCUCUGAAGAACGCUCCUUGCCAAAUUUGUCGUCCUUGAGUUUUGCCACUCGUGGUUUAGGAUGGCUUGUUAACCAGCGAAAUCCUUCGGGAUACUGGCAAGUCACGAAAGGCGACCUAAGUCAAAUUCAUGAUUCUUUUUUGUUUAGGUCUAGCUUUUUCAUAAGGUUUUAGUAGCAUCUGGUUGCGGGCUGUGAUUUCCGAUAGAUUUUUGAGGGUCUGAAUGGGGGGGGGGGGGGUCCACUUGUCGGUUGUCGGUUGUCGGUUAAAAUUCAGUUACUUUGUCGGUAGUCGGUUAAAAUUUUCGAUCUUUGUCGGUAGUCGGUGAAACUUUUUGAUUUUUGUCGGUUGUUGAAAAAUCUCAGUUAAUAACUAAAAACGCUUGUUAAUCAUUAAUAUUUUUUAUGUAUUUCACCCAGUUUCAAGACUUUGAUCCCUAAGGAAAGAGUAAAACUUGUAAGAAUGCAUCAUUUGAUUGCGCUUAAACUUCAUUAACUCUUGUUUGUUUAUGCAACAUGAUAAUUUAUUUCACCAUUGUUUGCCAAAAUAUUAUGAAUAUCAUGAGUACUGAUAAAAUCACCAAACCUUUUAUUGUAAAUGCGAACUUGGUUUCCUUGUCGACUACAGGGCACAAUAAAAAGUAAUUAAUUACCGGUAAUUAAUAGACUCCAGCCUUUUGGAUACUUAAAUUAUUCUUAGGGAAAAACUGCAAGGGGUGACUGAGGCUGCACAUCUUAUACCGUUAACGUUUUGACUCUAACAAGCAUGUCCUUUGCCAUAUUUUCCUUUCUCAAAGAAAUAACACUUUAACCCUCGGACGUACAAGGGGUGGAGGGGGGUGGAUGCCAACCCCCUUAAGUUUUUCUGGGAUUUUUCCAAGAGGAUAAAACAUCAGCACCUGACGUUUUCAGUAGAUGGCCGUUUAUCCCUCGCACGCAUUUUGAGACAAGUUCAGUGUUGAUCAGUUUCUAUGGUAACGAGAUAUGACGUAAUACGCAGCAGGUGGUCAAGCCGUUUCGAGAGAAAAUGUAUGUUUUUUCCAACUUUUUUCAACAAUAAAAGUAAAUCUUGUGGCUAAAAUCAUGCAACGUGCUUAUUUAAGUGUUAUUAUUCAUGUCAAGCAAUUACCAUUUCUCGCUGUUUUAACUGUCACGGUUUUCGACGCCAUCUUGACGAGUAGGCAAACGCGUGAAAAAUUACAGUGUUAGUAUGAGAAUCUAAUGUCGAAUAAUUUCCGUAAAACGGCUUUUCUGAACAAAAUAUCAAUUGUAAACUAAAGCUACAAAGCAAAGGAUUGUCCUAAAAAAAUUUGGGGCCGUACCUGUACUUAAAUUUCUCCAGAGGCUUUCUUUAGAUUUUCCAUAUAUUUGUCUGUAAUUUUCCCGGGACUUUCUUACAGACAAAUGUAUAGAAAAUUUUAAAAAGUGGUUCUAGGUCUCCUAGUGCAUGUAACGCCCUCAAAUUUUUUCAGGAGAAUCCUUAGGAGUGAAGCUUUAGUUUACAAAUCAUAUUUUUUUCAGAACAGCCGUUCUAAGGAAAUUAUUCGACAUUGGAUUCUCAUACAGUCACUGUAAUUUCUCACGCGCUUGCCUACUCGUCAAGAUGGCGUCGAAAACCGUGACAAGGUCUAUUGCACUUUGAGUUCAGUCUGUGCUCCCAUUAGUAUGAAAUGUCAGCCGUCUCCACCCCUAAGUCAAAAUUAAAAGUGUACUGUAGUAAAAACCCGCAUAUAAGAACUUACUUUUCUUGAAGUCUGGCAAAAUAGGUUCUUGUAUUUUGGAGUACUUAUUAGCAAUUUAGGCUAAGUAGGUUCUUAAUUGGGUUCUUAAUUUUUAUGAAGGAGAUAAUAGAUUGUUGAUUAGCAGAAAAAUAAAGAAAGUUGGGUUUGUUCCUUAAAAGACAGCGUUUAUCAGUAUUCACAAUAAUAUUUAUUGUAUUAUUAUAAUACCCUGACAAAAUUGAUUACCACAUUUAUACGCAGUUUGGUACAGUAUGUUCUCAUUACAGUUCAAUUUACAAUCUCAAAGUUACACUUGUUGGUUGAUUGUUAUCACUAUAACCCACAAAUAAGAACCUGCUUGAUCUUGUUUGGCUAAACAUGCAAGUUCUUGUAUUUUUGGGUAGUAAAGUGGCAAAUUUCGGCCAGGAGGUUCUUAAUCCACAGGUUCUUAUAUGUGGGUGUUUCAGGGCUGUCAACCCCCCACGUCAUCAAAUAUUGAGAAUUGAUAGGGAAGGAAUGAUAGAUCGAUGAUGUCAUAUUGCACGGCAAUUGACGUCAUUUGUGCCAAAAUGCUUGUUGAUUCCGAUCGACGUAUAUAGCAUUAUUGCUUAAACAUUAUUGCUUAAAUUACAGUGGCAUACCAGAAUUUAUGAGGAAACAUUCCAUGUUGACAGUAGCUCAAACAACGUAAAAUAUUUGAAAUUUUGUGGUCGGAAAGUCGAGUCUACAAGAAAUUGCAACUUUGGCAAUUAUGGGGAGAUAUCAGACUCUAAUCUGGAGACUGGGAGAUAUACGGUCCAAAAUCUGGAAUCUCCCGGAUUAUUCGAGUUGACAGCACUGGUGUUUACUGUAUUUUACUAACAGUAGCCAUUGGCUAGGAAGUGCGGGCAAAACUGCUUUCAAAUGCAGGUGAAUGCCUUUUAGUUGUAGUGUCAACAAAAGGAAUCACUGUAGAUCAUGAAAAUUGGAUUGAACAACACAGAAAACAAGACGCAUAUUUAAUUUAACGAUUUUAUUCACAGUUGCUCCCCGAAUGGUAAGGAGCGAGGAGAGACAUUUGUAUUCGCCAGCAAAGAUACAUUGAACCAGUAAUGUGUGACAGGGUGUUACAAAAACUAAGACCCCCUAAAAUCAAAUCUGUCAAAAUGUGAAGUCAAAUUGUAACCAAAAUAAAUUAAACAUCACACAAAAAUAUGUUUUUUUCCUUUUCUUGCCAAGCCAUAGCCAGAAAAUGCUUUCUUAAAAAGGGUGGGAAAAAAGAGUAUAAGCUAAUUGCAUUUUUCAAGAGUUUAUUUUUAUUGUGGCCACUACUGAGAUCACCAGAAACCAGGUGAAAAGUUACAAUGUAAGGGCCUGAAUUGAGGGGUAGGGUGGGGGAAGGAGAAAUAGUCUGUGAGGGAUAUAUACUUGCUAAAAUCACUCAUUAAAUAAAAAAUGAAUGAAUUUAUUUUCUGUACUAGCAAGGAAUCAUCUCGAAAAUUUUGCGUUUUAAUUUCAGAAAAAAAAAUAAACAGUCAAUCAGAACAAAACACCUCUUGGGUGAUAUUCAGGUAACACAAUCACGGUCGCAGAAUGGGCCAUUUGCACUAAGAGUUCAUGUGACAUCGUUUUUAUGAAAAUGAAAGUUAUAUGAUUUUUCUGUCGAAAAAUGAUUAGUGGGUCAUAUCUUAAACAAUAUAAUAGUGAUUUGAUUUUUCUCACCCGCACCAUUUUCUUAAAUUGAGUAAGUUCAUAGCUGGUCAUGUGAACAAAAUGUGAUUUUUAAAAUUAUGAAUUAACUCUUUCAAUUUUGCACUUAAACUUCAAAGAAAAUGUUAAAAAGAUGAUGUGGUAACGUUUACAGCACUUAGCGUAACUAUCAAACAUUUAACAAGAUAUAAGCAAAAAGUAGUUUUGGCCGCCAUGUUGGAGGGCAAGAGUAUGCCCUCCAACAUGGCAGCCAAUACAAAUCAUACUACUUUGUUGAAAAAUCAAAGUGCCAUAAAAUAUCUCCCUUAAAUGCGUUUCCUCUCAAAUUUUGGAUGUGAGAUAAUUUUUAUAAUUUUUUUCAGUGUAGUCAGGUAGUCUAUGGGUUUUCAUCCUCGGAUUGUCAGCACCCUGAUGAUAGUUGUUGGUUGUUUUAUGGAUUAUAGUCUUUGAACGGUGGUUCGACUUGAUAUAUAUUUUAGGAUUUAGUUUUUAAGGGGGUCUUAGUUUUCUUAAUGUAACGAAAACUAAGAGGGGUCUUUGUUUUCAAAAUUACGAAAACUAAGACCCCUGAAUUAACCGUUAAACUCGACCUAAAACUCGGUGGAAAGAAUCAAGCUGAAGAUAAUUUGACAGAUUAGACCUAUUUUGGUUACAAUUUUACUGCAUAUUCAGACGAAUUCGAUUUUAGGGGGUUUAGUUUUCGUAAUGUCAAAAACUAAGACGGGUCUUAGGUCUUAGGUCUUAGUUUUCGAGUGUCUUAGUUUUUGUCACACCCAUGCGUGACACAAGUAAUGCUUGUGUACAGUCAUGCACGAAGUCUUAUAAUUCAAUUGAAUAUUGAAUCCGUGUUCAAUGACCAAAGGCCAUUGAUAUGAAAUACAAAUAAUGAAACAGCUUAAAUUACCACUGAAGUUUAUAAAGCUUAUUGAAGCUUUUGGAUGACAAGCGUCCUAACAUGCUUGGAAAUGUAUAAAAAUAUAAAAAACAAGCACUGUGGUGAAACCUGAAUACCUAAGCUUAAUUUAUAUCGAUUUCUAGACUUUGCUAGCAUGCACUCAUAUUUUACCAAAAACUUGUCCUGCACUAAGCUGAGAUCAGGCUCAACUUUCAUUUUUAAUUUCCUUAGUAAAUAGAUUCCGGGCUGGCAAGGCAAAUUGAAAAGUCUCCCAUUUAGUACAGUACUUGUGUACCUGAAUUACGUGUGCUUGCGAUAAUGAUUGUUGCAUCACUUGCAUGUGCAUUCACGUGAUUACCGUGAUAUCAGACAGACCUUAAACUCAACACCAGGGCCCUCGCGGCCACAUACCAUGCAUAUUAAACAAUUAUUGGAUGAGGUUGAGCAUGAUAUCAUGAAUUAUCAAAACCGAGGUCUGUGUUCGGCCUCGGCAGAUAAUACAGACACGAGGUUUUGGUAAUUCAUGAUAUCAUGCGAAAACCGAAUUCAAUAAUUGUUUUGUUAUACAUUUGUUAAACAAUAGGCAAAAGAAGACAUUCAGCCAUUCUGUUUCUGAGGAGAACACUCCAAGGGGCUAUAAUAUUUCGAACGCACGAAAGCUCCAGUUUUGUAAGCAGCCAUUUGAAAUUAUUCAAGGACAGAUUGCUUUUAAAAAUAUGGUUCAAUGCGUUAACAAGCAAACUGUUGUACUCUUUGCACCUUAGAACGGAGUAUAAAAAAUUGGCCCAUUUCUAGAACGGGGUAUCAGUUUUAGGGCGAAUUCUAGAACGGGGUAUCAGUUUUAGGGGAAAUUUUUUUUUAGAACGGGGUGCCAAUUUGGAGUCCCGGGUGGCACAUACCCACCCAAAAAAUACCCAAGUGCCGCCCCCCCCCACCCCCCCAUCCAGGGUGGCGGGCUCCUUUUGUCACCCACAAUUACCAAAAUAUACUACCUUGUACCUCAAAGAUAUAAGCUAGGAUAUUUAAAAUGUAUAUCUUGAAUCCUGAAUGCCUUUCUGGCUAGACAUGUAAUUGAUUUAAACAUCAUAACUAAAGUGUCAGUAUUAAGAAGUCUGAAAUUUAAUUUGAUACUUGCAAAUGCUGUGCCUUUAAAAAGGUGCUAAAUGGCACAUUUUGAAGGGAUCAUUGUUACUAUCAUUUUAACAAUUAUUCCUCGAGCCCAAAUGGGCUCUGAGUCAAUAGCCCAUGAGGUCAAAGGCCGAAUGGGCUAUUGACUCAGAGGCCAUGAGGACGAGAGGAAUAAUUGUUUUAGUAAAAUCCAACUAGUUGGUCAAAAAUAUUGAGACAAAACAACUUUAGCUACCAAACGCAAUUCAGCUGCCAUUGUUUUGGUUUUCAAAGCCGGCACUUUUCGCUACUAGGGGGCUAUGACAUAUAGCCUAGUAGUAGCUGAACCAAUCAGAACCCAGCAUUGAUAAUAGACCGCUAGUUGGAUUUUACUAAUUAGUUGUAGUUGCCAGGUUACAGAUACACAAUAUCAGGGUUGUCAUGGUCAAGUGUGUAAGGGACAACCAAAUAUUUAUCUACUAUAGGCAGCAAAAUCAGUUUAGACACUUUCCCUAAUGGGCCUUUCUGACUUUUCAUCAACUUCAAAAUGGGAAAAAAUUACAGUGAAACCUGUAUUAAGCGGACACCCUUGGGGAAUGCUGUAGUGUCCGCUUAAUACAGGGUGUCCGCCUAAUACAGGUUUCGAUAAGUAACGUCAUAUGAGGUGUCAAAUACCAUUCAAAUGAACAGUGGAAACGUUUAGAAUACUCCCAGAGACUAUGACUACGUUUGCAUUAAUUUCUUUAUUAAAGAGGACCAAUUGAUCAUAGUAACAUAAACAUAGAUUGCAACUCGAAUUUAAAGAACUCAGAUGAGUCAAGCAAGCUCUACACAAACAAAAUGAAAUAGAAAACAAUACUGAACUGUGAAAUUAAUCAAAUAAGUUCCUCAAGUCAAUAUUUUUAAUGUAAAUUGAAAAAAAUUUUUGGGGUGGCAAUCUCUCACACUUCCGGUGUCUGGCAUGUUGGGUGGUGGAAUUUAAUUACAAGUGUCUGUUUAAUACAGGUUUGCAACAAUGGAAAUGACCAUUUCAGGUACUUUUUAGGUGUCUGUGUCCGCUUAAUAGAGGUGUCCACUUAAUAAAGGUUCCAUUUAAAGUAAAUAAGGGAAAUAAAUUUGGGGACUUCGGCUACUGUCCACUUAAUAGAGGGUGUCCGCUUAAUACAGGUUUCACUGUAAUAAGCUUUUCCUCCCCCACCCCCUCCAUGCAAUGUUGUGCCGUUGUUUGGGUUACCUGUAGAAAACAACAAACGCUUACCUUUGAAUGGAGGAGAGGAGGGAGGGGUGUUGAUUGUUUUGUUCUCUAAAGUUACCCAGUUGAGUAUAAUUUCUGAACAAUUUUGUCCCGGAUUGUAGAUCAGGAAAAAGUGACAAGGAAAAAUUUCAUCCCCCCCCCCCCUCCUCCCCCCCAAAAAAUAAAUAAAGAGAUUCUGCAGUUGGUUGAUUUUCAUACCCCAGUCCCUGAAAGAAUCUUGAAAAAUUGAAAAAUAAAAUUGGGGAUUUUUUCCUCUUCAGUGAGUGGCAACCCUGAAUGUAUGCAAAUAACUAAAAUCUUUGAAUUGAAUCCACUUUAACCAAUAAAUAGGUAAAACUCCUGAAGAAAUAAGGAAGGUGUUAAAUUUCACGGACUUGACUCCAGAAGAAGAAGAACAGGUAGGUUAACUGUUAUCCAUGGUUCAAUUAGCAGGGUUCCCCAGGAAAGCUGAAGGAGAGAAAAUUUACAUACAUGGCAGUAGAACAGAUUGGAAGACACAGAGUGCCUCUUCAAGAGGUGCAGCCAUUGGGGAAUUUCAAGUUUGGGAACCCUAAAAAAGUAGAUGCUUUGAGACCUUUACUCAGUGAAGACCUUUGCUUGUUCUAGUCUUCAAAGAGAUCACCUCCUCAGGUAGCCUGAAAUUCAUCUGAUUGUUUCGAGUCGUUUUCUCCUCUCAAAAGCAGUUCUGUAUCGUGCAGACAUUUCCAAACAAUAUUUCUCGGUUUGCCACUUGAAAAUUGUGUUUUACUUUUUGCAUGAAUUAAAGCAAAGGUCAAGGAGUAGUGACAUCACUGGACGGCAUUAACGGCCGGUCGAUUCAGACGUUACUGGGGUACUCCAGAUAAAACUGGAGACCAGGACGAGCAAGUACCACGCAGGACGAUGCGUUGCAUCCGACCAGUUAAAAAAUUACGAAACCACUGUAGAGCACUGCUGUCGAUACCGUGACGCUCAAGCUUGAAAAGAAGACGCUUAUUCGGUACGCUGUGAAACGCCUUGGAAAAAUCCAAAAAGGCGAUGUCAGUUGGCUCUCUGUUGUUGCGUGAUUUCGCCCAAUCAUCGUGCCUCAUUUUUUUUUCUCUAGGCUUCAUUUUGGUGGGAAGAGUUUUUAGGAAAGCUUUUAGGAUCUUAGGAUUAGGUGAAAGGAUAGGAAAGGAAAAAGGAAAGGUAGGUGAGCAGUGGAACAAGAUUUUCAUAGAGAUUUUCAGGUCAAUGUCACGUGGUUUUUUUGCUUCUUUCUCCGGUGUCCUUGACUGAAUUGUGCUCAUUCUGGUAUGGUUUGAAAGAUCUCUUCACUCUGUACAAGUUAGGAACAAAGUUGUCCUUGACCGUUAAAACUGAUGACGUCACAAAGGGGACGUGGAUCCGCACGGGCGGUUCAGGGGCGAAUGGGUUAAGGAUAUUUAUGUUUCGCCAAAAACCCAUCACCCGACACUUAACGAUUUUCUCAGCGAUCUUGCACACUAUUGAUGUUAAUGAGAUUUGGCGAUAAUUAUUCCUGUCGGUCUUACUGCCUUUUUUGAACAAAGGUGUUAUGUUAGCGAGUUUCCAAAGAUGUGGCAGUUUGCCUGUUGAAAAUGAUUUCGCCCAAUCGUCGUAACAAGAAAGAAGCUCCGAAAGCGUUGAUCGGCCCUCCAUGUAAGCGAACGACUCUAAGUAAUCGUAUGAAAUUCAGGCUACUCCUCAGGGUAAAUGAACAAUAAAUCUUCCCAUUUUUGGUGUUCACUAACAGGAGGUUUUACUGUAGUUUGUUUUUUCUUUGUUUCCUAGCAGCGCUACCACUAAGGCCCAGGGGCCAGGGAUUUUCCCCAGCUACUAUGUGAAUGACCCCUGGUUAAUUUCAUGGAAAAAAGAGAAAAGAAAAUAGAACCAAAAGAGCUUCCUAGUUGUUUGAUUCCCCUGCUGCUAAUUGCACAUACCAGGAACUUGAAAUCUUAGUGACUGCCCUGUAACCCCAGCCUUAAUACUGGUAAUAAAUUUCAUAGCCAAGUUAGAACAAAGGACAUUCUAGUUUAACUUGGAUGCAGAUGACAUCUACUUUAGGUAGGGGUGUAUCUAAUGGACUGAGGUUUCAGUCACAGGGACCGCGGAGCAAGGUGAAAAGUGGGAGGGCUGACAAUUGAAAAUAUUUUUUUCAUAUUGAAAAUCGAAAAAAGUAAUAAAAUCAUAGUAUUUGAUUUGUUUCUGUCGCGUGACUUUGCAUAUACUUUAUCCAGUAUUUUUUGCUCUUUAUAGGUCGGCAUUAGUGAAGAUACCGAAAUUCUUCAUACGAUUUUCAUUCCGUCCAGCAAAUGUGUUUGCGAUCUGAAUCACGUCCAAGCUUUCCGUUAAUUUCUUAUGACAAUUAAGUACUGUCAAGUUGCUGAAUCGCUGCUGUUUCAUGUUUUUGCCAUCGAAUAUUUCAUUGAUUCGAAAGGAGAAAGACAAAAUAUAAAACUUUUAUCAACUCAAAACAACUACUCACCUUUGUUUGGCUUGAAAAAGCUAGUAAUUUUCCUCAUUUCGUCUGAUAAAACUGAUAAGAAACACUGCCGGAGCUGGAAGUACAAAACACGCUGCCGAACGAAGCGAAGGGGUGGCCAAGGCAUGGCAUUUGAUCAAGGGGCAAGUCAGCCCCAGGGCACAAUUACCGCGAAAAGCACAGGAGCCCCACAAAAUGCCUGGCGUUUGAAAUUAAAGAAAAUACAGAGAAUAUAGCGGAAUAUAGACGGAAAAAAACUUGUUUCAAGUCUUUUUUUUAUUUUAAUUAUUUUUCUUUUUAGCACAAAAAGUGAGGGUGGGGGCGCAAAAAAGUGGUGGGGCCGCGGCCCCACCAGCCCCUCCCCCUCCGCGGUCCCUGAGUCAUGAAGAGAGGGUUGGUGGUGUUUGAAGAAAUCUUUUUCUGAUGCCAUUUAUCAUUUCUAUAUUUUCCUUGAUAGGUUCGAAAGGAAAAUGAGUGGUGCGAAGAGAAAUAACCAGUGGAACAUGAUGCUUUGUAAUCAACGUAAAUGUUUAAAAUGUCCAAGGCAACUGUGUCUUACUUAAUAUUCAUGUUAUUUUCACUUUUGUCUCUGUUGCAAGUGUAUUUUAACAACUUGGUGGGUUGUUCUAUUACGCAUAGGUACACACUUCAGUGGCGGAUCAAGGGGAGGGGCCCGGGCCCCCCUUAUUUGUAGACCAAACUGAGGCCCAAAGGUCCGAAAAUUUUUUUUUCAGACUGCACCUUUUCUCAGGGUCUGGAAAUACUAGAAAUGCUCGAAAUACGAGAAGUUGCCAAAAAGUUGUCGAGCAACUUGUGGAAAGCCCUAUCUCAGGGGCACCCAACGAGAAUAUAGUUCAAAACCACUUUAACAUAGCAUUGUUAAACGUAUUUUAGUAUUUAAACAGUAGAUAUAGGCAUGUUUUUAUCCCCUAAAAAUUUUUCAUCUGUUCGGAUUUCCUAGCGGAAAGUCUAGUGAUCCGAAAAUUAUAGGGAUCAAAACUUACCUUUUCGAAAAUUCCAGCCAGAAAAAAGGCUCCCGAAAAUUCUAGGCGACCUUUUUAGGGUAAAAAUCCGUUAAAACUAGGCAAUUAUACCAUUUUUCAGAUGUUCGAAAAUCCUAGGAGAGGCAGGCAAGCAAGAAAUUUUACAACAAAUGUUCCAAAAAUUCUAGAUCUUAAAUCGUCUUCCGAACAGAUAUUUUUCGAAAAUUGUCGUUGGGUACCCCUGCUAUCUGCCACUGCACUUUAGCCUUAUUUUAUAUAAAUUAUGGUUUUUGCCUCGUUAUUUAAGAGUACAUCGUUGUGAGUACUGGUUUUGUCAAUUCAUAGUUUGCAGUAUUUAUGCUGUGUUUCCUUGAGUCAUUAGCUUUUUCACCCAGAGAGCUUAAGUGGAACUUGUAUAACAUUGCAUUUAGGUUGACGCAUAAUAAUUUAUAAUAAAAAAGCUUAAG